GGUUGACACCAGUUUCAUUCGGCUCCGACUCCGAGCUUGCCAUUCAUUUCUUUCGCCGUCGGAGAUCGUGUUGAGAGUUCCUGUCAUCCUCGUCCAAAGCCCUAAACCCCAGUACUCUAUUUCACAGUCCAAAUCUCAGUAAGCUCAACAAAGAGAGAUAAUGAGAAUGAAUAAACUGAAAGUUUUACUAUCACUGACUCAACCAUUGCGGAGAAAUGAUUCCCGAUUCCUCUCUAAUCACCAUUGCAGACACUUCUCUGCUCAACCCAGCUACGCCCAUGUGGAUUAUAUUCAAGAACAGGUUCUGGUUGAAGGAAGGGCUAAGUCAAGAGCAGCUAUUCUCAAUAGACCAUCUGCACUUAAUGCUAUUACUCCUUCUAUGGCUGCUCGUUUAAGUAGAUUGUACGAGUCUUGGGAGGAAAACUCAGAUAUUGGAUUUGUCAUGAUGAAGGGCAAUGGCAGAGCAUUUUCCUCUGGAGCAGACGUUGUCACUCUUUAUGAGUUGAUUAAUGAAGGGAAGAUUGAGGAGUGCAAGAAGUUCUUCGAAACAUUAUAUAAAUUUGUUUACUUGUUAGGAACAUAUCUCAAGCCAAAUGUGGCAAUUUUGGAUGGUGUCACAAUGGGAAGUGGGGCAGGUAUUUCGCUUCCAGGAAUGUUUCGCGUUGUAACUGAUAGAACUGUACGUACCUUCUCCAAUGGUGCCUUUCUUUAUCUUGCAAAGGAUGUUGUUUAUUCUACUCCUGAGGCUCAAAUUGGUUUUCAUCCUGAUGCAGGGGCUUCUUAUUAUCUUUCUCGCCUUCCUGGCUACUUAGGGGAGUAUUUGGCUUUAACAGGAGAAAAGCUUAAUGGCGUAGAAAUGAUUGCUUGUGGUCUUGCUACCCACUAUUCACUCAAAGAAAGGCUUCCUUGGUUGGAGGAACGCCUUGGUAAAUUGAUCACAGAUGAUCGUCUUGUCAUUGAAAAUUCUCUAGCCCAGUAUGGUGACCUUGUUUACCCAGAUAGCAAGAGUGUUCUGCACAAGUUUGAGAAAAUCGAUAAAUGCUUUAGCCAGGAUACAGUUGAGGAAAUUAUAGAAGCUCUGGAAAGAGAGGCAGCAGAAUCUCAUGAUGAAUGGUGUAAUACAGCUCUUAAUAAAAUAAAAGAAGCCUCUCCAUUGAGCUUGAAAGUGGCUUUGAAAUCAAUUAGAGAAGGCAGAUUUCAACCCCUUGAUCAGUGUCUAGUUCGUGAAUAUCGCAUAUCAAUUAAUUGGGUGUCCAAACGGGUGUCCGAUGAUUUCUGUGAGGGUGUCCGUGCUAGAUUGGUUGACAAGGACUUUGCUCCAAAGUGGGGUCCAACGCGGCUGGAGGAAGUUACCACCGACAUGGUUGACUGCUUCUUCAUCCCAUUAGGUGAAUUAGAACCCGAACUCAAUUUGGCCACUGCACUACGAGAGCCUUCUAUGUGAUCGAUAUCCCGCUUUGCUCUACAUAUGGGAAGUUUUAUGUUCCCAGGUUCAUUAUAAUACAAGGGACUGACUGGAAAAUCAGGACUGCUAAAGACAUUCCUAUCAAGAUGUUGGUAUAUUUCGGUUCCAGUGGAACAUAGGUAAAAUGCUUAAUUGCUAAUGUCUAUUCAGGUACUAAAUUGUGGGUACAGAAGAAAAUGAUAGAGCAGACUGCGUAUUAAUUUCAUCGCCUUUUACUUUUUCAAAUAUAUUUCUGAUGUUUCGAGACCUCUCAGGAAUUGAUGUUUCGAGGCUCUCAGAUUUGACCGUUUAGGCGUGUACAUCAUGAGAAGAAUGUUUUGUGAAUUAAAUUACCAGGCUACCUUCAGAUUUUCUUUUGCA